CUUCCGCAACUAUCUCCGCACCCUCCCGAUUUUUCUCCCGGCACCCGUCUCACUCAAGAGCGCAUGGACGAGCUCGGAAUAUUUGACAGCGAUUUUCUGUGGCCCGAAGAGCAGAAGCUAGCCGCUCAAGUCCUCAUCAACAAUGAGAAGGGUCUUGCUUGGAACGAGUCAGAGAAAGGCAGAUUUCGAGAUGAUUACUUCAAGCCCAUCACCAUCCCCACCAUCGAACAUACUCCCUGGAUGCACCGUCAACCGCCCAUUCCUCCCGGUAUCCGCGAGAAAGUCAUCAAUAUUAUCAAGAACAAGAUCGACUCCGGCGUCUACGAGCCGUCC